AAAAUGUGGCAAAAAACAACGAGCUGAGUUUAUUAAAGAAGAACGUGAAGACCUGAAAAUUGAUUUAGAGAAUUUUCUUUUGCUUUGGGAAGAAGAAAUUCCAACAUUGAUAAAUAAAAAAGCGGUAGAAGACCAAAAUAACAAAAGACGAGACAAGAAAGUGGUGUUACCUUCGAGAGAAGAUAUUAAAAAAUUACAUACUUAUUUAAAAGAACAUAUUAUGAAUGCUAUGGAAACUCUUAUGAAUGGGUUUAGAAUGUCAAGUUGGGUGCAAUUAGUUCAGACUACUUUAAUUUUUAUUCAAAUAUUUAAUCGCAGAAGAGCUGGAGAAAUCGAGAGGUUAACUAUAGAUAAUUUUGGAAACAAAGAAAAAAUUACUGAUAACAUCGAUAAAGACAGUUUAAAAAACCUAUCACAAGAUUCAAUAAAAUUCGCAAAGCAGUUUGUAAGAAUAACACUAAGGGGGAAACUUGGUAGAACCGUCAGUGUUUUAUUAUGCCCGAUGUGUGUAAAAGCUAUUGAACUUAUUAUAAACUUUAGAGGUGAGGCUGGAAUAGCUGAUGGAAAUAAAUACAUUUUCUGCAAACCAUCCAGUUCAACGUUAUCAAAACAAUAUCACAGAGCUUGUCCUUUACUAAAAAAAUUUUCUGAAGAAUGCGGUGCAAAAAUUCCUGAAAGCCUUAGGGGUACUACACUACGUAAGCAUAUAGCAACAUAUACCUCAUUACUUAAUGUUGAAGAGGCAUCGGUCGAUAGGCUGGCGAAUUUUAUGGGUCACCACAAAGAUAUACACAAAACAAUAUACCGAAUGUCCGUUCCAGUGGCAGAAAUUACUUGUGUAACCAAACUCUUAAUGGCAGCUGUAGGCGAUGAAGAUGAAAUGGAAGAUGAAUAUGGGGAUGAUGAAAACGUUGACGAAGAGGAGGAGGAGGAGAGUGAAGUUGUAGUUAACGAUAGUAUAGAUAAAGAUAAUUCAGAAAUUUCAUUAGAAAACAGUCACACAUCGUCAUCGAGCAGAAAACGUAGGAGCACAUCACCUUUCGGCAAAACCAAAAGAACCAGGUGGAACUCGGAGGAAAAAGAUGCAAUAUAUUCAAUAUUUGGAGAUUUAAAAGACUUAGAAAGACUACCAAAUCUUAAGGAAUGCUUAAAAGCCAUUCAGACAUCGUCUGCACUUAAGAAUAGAACGCCACAACAAAUAAAAACUUGGAUAGACAACCAAAGACGGUACACAAUGGACUAACUUAUAAUUGAAAUGUAUUUUCGCAGAAAUUCUACGAUGACUGGCGAUAUUUUUGAAGGAAAACUAAAUUCCUAUAUGAUUUGUCUAGUGUACCAUGGGUCCUAAUCGCUAUCUUUAUCGAAAUUUAAUACAAAAUUUAGAUAACAAAAAUAUAAAACAAUAAAAUGUGAACACUUUUAUAGAAAAUGUAAACUUA